CAAUAAGCCUGGAAACGCCAACCGUACAUUAUUUUGUCGGCUUUCCUCAAGUCGUAUCGACGCUCAACAGCUACACCAGAUUUCGGCUUCAGAGCUCAGGUACCCCAGCACGGCAAUGGGUUCAGUCGAGAAGAACGCUCCGCUCUAUACUUCAGCCGAAGGAUGUCCCUAUGCGGACGCGACCACGGCGCAGCGCUUCAGUGAUGGCUCGCCCGUCAAGGGAUUGAUGCUCCUGCAGGACACACAGCUUAUUGAGACACUGGCGCACUUCAGCCGCGAGCGCAUUCCUGAACGAGUUGUCCAUGCCCGCGCAGUCGGAGCCUGGGGCGAGUUUGAAGUAACGCAUGACAUCUCCCAUCUGACUUCUGCCAGGUUUCUCACGGGCAUCGGCAAGAAGAGCAAGACACUGUGUCGCAUCUCCACCGUCGGCCCGGGAGCCGGCAGCGCCGAUACCAUCCGAGCUGUUAGGGGCUGGGCCCUCAAGAUCUUCACUGAGGAGGGCAACCAGGACUUUGUCUUCAACAGCAUCCCCGUCUUCUUCGUCCGCGAUCCCAUCAAGUUCCCCUCGCUCAACCGCUCGCACAAGCGCCAUCCUGCCACCAACCUCAACGACGCUACAACGUUGUGGGACUUCCACGUCCACAACCAGGAGGGCAUCCACGCGCUAAUGCUGCUGUUCAGCGAGCGCGGCACUCCCAAGACCGCCCGCCACACAAACGGCUACAGCGGACACACGUACAAGCUUACCAAGCCCGACGGCACCUUCCACUACGCCAAGUUCCACUUCAAGUCCAACCAGGGCAACGAGACGCUGACCAACGACGAGGCAGUCCGUUUGGCGGGCGAAGAUCCGGACAACCACACAGCCGAUUUGUACAACGCCAUCGAAGCAGGCAACUUUCCGUCCUGGACGUUGUACAUCCAGGUCAUGACGCCGGAGCAGGCCGAGACGUACCGCUGGAACGUCUUUGACAUGACCAAGGUGUGGCCGCACGCCGACUUUCCGCUUCAGCCGGUGGGCAAGCUCACGUUUAACAAGAAUCCGAACAACUAUUUCGCCGACGUCGAGCAAGCCGCCUUUUCCCCGUCUACUAUGGUCCCCGGCCUAGCCCCCUCCGCAGACCCAAUCCUCCAGGCCCGCAUGUUCGCCUACCCCGACGCAGCACGCUACCGCCUAGGCGUCAAUUACCAACAGCUGCCAUGCAACCGCGCCUUAGCGCCCGUCUACUGCCCCUACCAGCGCGACGGCCUCGCCACCGUUAACGGCAACUACGGCGGCGACCCCAACUAUGUCCGGUCCGGACUGAAACCUGUCAUCUCCUUCACAGUUCCGAGCAGCUCUAGCAGUGGAAACCAUUUUGCGGCGCAGAAUGCCAACUUGAAGCACAACGCCUGGGUCUUGGGCUCGGUGGAUGACUACACGAGCGAGGUGACGGAGGAGGAUUUUGCGCAGGCGAGGAUGUUUUGGGAGAAGGUUCUGGGUCGGCAGGAUGGGCUGCAGGAGAGGUUUGUUGGGAAUGUGGCGGUGCAUUUGAAGAGAGCGAAGCCUGUGGUUUGGGAGGACACGUUUGAUAUGUUCACGCGCGUUGCCCCUGAGCUGGGCGAGGCCAUUCGGAGGGCUGUUGUCCCCCAGGGCCAGAAGGCUUAAGUCGAGGGGUGUGGAAACGACUGUCAGGACUGGCCGACGGAUGGCAGUUGU